AUGCCACCACAAAUUACAUUUGUUAAAAUUACUGAUAAUUUGAGUAUACCAAUAAAGAUAUUUGUUAAAAAAACUUCUACCACUACCACUACCACUAGCACCACCACCAAGCCUACAUCUAAAUCAAUAGAAAUCAAUUCAAAAUAUUUGAUAACAGUCAAUUAUCAACCUUAUCAAAUUCAAUUAUCGAAAAAUCAUUUAAAUUCAAUAAUAAAUAAAUUAAAACCGAAAAUUCUCCCUAUUUUAAUCUACAAUAAUGAUAAUGAUAAUGACCUUCAAGAAUCACAACCAUUAACAAAUAUUGAAACUAAACAAUUAAUAAUUGAUAAUUUAAAAAUUAUAAUUCCUCAACAAACUAUACUUAAUAUAAGAACAAGAUUAGGAUUAAUUAAUUAUGAAAAUAUAUCUAAUGAAGUUGAAAUCUUAUCAUUAUGGAAGAAAAUUACUAAUAAUAAUAACAAUAAUAAUUUGAAAAUGUUAACUGUAAAGAAAAAAUUCAAAUUUAAUGGAAAUCAACAAGAAGAUGAAGACAAAGAUUCUAAAGAGAUUAAUUUUAAAUUAAAACAAAAUUAUAUAAUUGAUAAUUUAAAUGAUUGUAUUAAAGUGUAUGUAAAUUAA